AUGAGUGGCUUACUGGGUUUCUUUUCCAAAUUCAUGCCGUCCGAAAAGGACAGCACCACCAAUGCUGCUGAUGAUGGAGAUGUCUAUCCACAGUCCUUGUUGGACUUGCCGCCGCAGCAAAAUCAAGAAGAUGUAGAGAUGGAAGAUCCUCAACAGACCGAACUACCCGCCAUGUACGAUGUGAAAAUAGGCUUUAAAAAGUGGAAAAAGAAGCACAACAAACACUUGGGAGAUUUCCUAAAAAAGCGCAUGUGGUCAGACCAAAAAGAUUGUCCCGAAAACGACCACGACGAAAGCGAUCAUUCCGACGAUGACAUGGAACCAGAAAAUCUCGCCAUCAUUCCUCACGUCGACGCUACUGUCCAUGAUGUCACUCGCUUGGAUGACAUUGAUUUGCACACACGACAAUUGACGCUCGAUUUGGUCCAAGUCACCAAAGUCCAUGACUUGCGAGAGAUCAGACGAUUCGCCGCCACGGAAGCGUACGACAAGCGAUCCCAACACAUUCUAUAUCCCAACGAUGGACAGCUCAAGCAGCUACUCCACGCACCCCUCGACUGCGAUGGUCCACUCUCCACCAUUUACUAUUCCACCGUACUGGCCCUCGAAGUCACACAGCCACAACAAAUCUCUCCCGCACGACGAGCCGCUGCCGGAGUAGAACCUCAUUAUCAUCCCAAACAAACAAUGAAAUUGUUCUUGUAUGACAAACAUGCCGAUCUUGUCUACAAUCAAGUGUUGAUGCAGGAGGAGUACGAUCCCAGAAUACACACACUCCUACUCUCACUCUCCAAUAUUCCUGCCAAAUGCAUUGUCCCGUACGCUUACAACAAUUGGGCUCCACAACAGGAUUGUGUUCCCUAUUGUAUCUGUCUGGGAGCCAAGUCCAAAUUCCUCCGAGAUGACGACAAUGUCCGCUUUGAUGACUCUGCCAUGGGCAUGCGCAUCAUGUGUCAAAAGUCUGACGAGGCGGCACGAGAAUGGACCUUGAAACACACGGGCAAAGACGAACAGAGCCGCAUUGUGGCCAUUGUCGAACAGACCACGUUGGAAUUGCAGGACAAGUGGAACAAGCUUUGUGCGGCUGCUGCAGCAGCAGAAGAAGAGCAAGAGGAAACUCGCAACAAUGCCACAACAGCCACCCAGAACAAUACCAAUAAUGAACAACCCCAACAGCAGGAGCAACCACAGCAACAGGCACAGGAGCAACCACAGCAACAACAACAAGCAGCUCCGUCCGAGCGACAAAACAGUACAGCAAAAGAAAGAGAGCCACAAGAAUCGACCAUCAACAACCCGCCACUUCCUGGCAAACAUAAUAAGGAUACUCCUCCCUUGUCCGACUUGUGGGACAUGCUGCAGAAUCAUAGAGCAGGCAAGACGAAACAACGGUCUCGAGACUGCGAAGCCAACGUUUUUGGGCUGGUGGUUGGAUUUAGUGCACCGCGAUUGACCAAAAGUGGAGACACCACCAUGAACGUCACUCUGGUAGAUGAAUCCAUCAUUAUUCGUGGUGGUGGUGACCAACCGGCUCCCAUUCAUCUCGUCAUCUUUUGCAAAAGUAAAAGUCAGCUGCCAGUCUUGAGCGCUGCCGGAGAGGUUUUGCGGUUGCAUCGUGUGGUGGUUCAGGAUUGGCAAGGAGUAUUGCAAUUACGGGGGCAACGAUCGACUGGCUAUGCCGUAUAUCGAGGCGGGGAUGCCUUUCAUCGGGACUCGCUCGCAUCACCGGGAAGCUGCAGUAUGAAUCCGCAAGGUGAAGCCAGGUUUGCCGCGCUGUGGAAGUGGGGGCAAAAGUACUUGACGGACCAUUCCACCAUUCUGCAAUCUGAGCAGCGAUGGCUCGAACAGGUCGGCUUGGAGGAUGAUCGGGGAGAAGAUCCAGAGGGUAGCGAGAGCGACUUUACCGUCAUGGUCUCGGCUAUCAUUCCCAUGCCCGAACCUCGACCAGUGGCAAUUGCGCCUUGUGGAUUUCUACGAGUCUGGGACGGAACAGGUCAUUCUCACUCGGAUCGAUUCCCAAUGAAUACCAAACAAUCACAUUCACUGAAUGGUGACCCACCGUCAGAAGCUCUCGUCGCCAUUUCCAAAAUCAAGGAAGUCCGAAGUGGGACACGUGAUGCGUUAGCAACGCCGCAGCGAUUGUGUGGCCGAGUUGUCAACGUUGUCAUUUGGGAGCAACCUCAUUGGGACUUUAUCAUGAAGAACCACGAGCAGGUGUACGUUGGUAGUUUUGUUCGUUUGAGGAAUGUCAAGGAAGGCUUCUUGAAUGAAAUCGGGCUCCGCUGCCUGCACUGUGGAUCGCAUUCGUGGCUCACGCCAUUGCCACCAACAAACUUUGAUACCUUAGAGCUACUGGGAAAGCACAGCGAGAGAAUCGGCAAGGGUCACCCUCCAAAUACAGAUAGCGGCGUCCUUCCUCUGGACGCCCAUACAGGAACCAGUAGCGACAGGGCUUCCUGUAGGUCCCCCGAGCAGAGACAGCGGCAAACGGUGGCGACAGCUUCUGCCACUUCCACAACUGUCGCAGCUCGUUCACCACAGAAGCCAACGGCUGUUCUACCAAAACCUCGAAAAGCAGGGCCAAUGCGCUACAAUACACUGGACCUGCUUAAAAACAAGGCCGCCAAUUCCACAUUUCGAGGCAAGGUUGUCAUCAAGGCGAUCAUUCCCAAGAUCAAUAGUGCCAAGGAAAUGUGGAAAGUGUGCCCCAGAGACAAGAAGAACAAACAAGGGAGGAUCUUUCGGUUUGGUCUUCGCCUCUCUGACGGUAUCACCAUGUUGGAUGGCAUCGCGUCCAACAAGAUCGGUGAGAGCUUCUUUUCAGGCAUGUCUGCUGAGGAUGCUUGUGGCAGUAGGGAAGAGGACGCAUUCGGGGUAUUGGCAUGCAUUGAACGCGGUGAUCGGUUUCGUGUGGAACUGCGGAGUAUAGUAAUGGAUGGAUCCAAGUGGUUUGUCAUCACAUCCAUGUCGGCUAUUGCUGCCUCCAAGGCAAACUGA